UUCAGUCCAGUCCAAUCCAAGAGGCAAAGUAGGGAUAAUUUGACCUGGGGUGUGUUUUGACACGAUGAUAAGGUUAGUCAUGCUUCGAUCUUGUCCGCCGUCUUCUCCUCUGCUCCGAGAAGCUUAUCCCACCACACGAUCAUCCCCGUCGUUGUUAACGGCAAGAACGCCGAACUUCACAUCCACUGUUUGUUCCUCGUCGAGAAAUCAUUCUUAUAUUCCAAAGCUCGAGCCUUUCAGCCGGUCAAAGUUUGAGCGCGGCAUUAAAGACCCGCCCUUGAUCGAAAAGUGCGAGAACGAGCUCUCUGAGUACUGUUCGACGCUGGAAGGAGACGAGUCCUAUAGCUGCUGGAGAGCAUAUUUCGAGCUCAAAGAUCUCGAGAAGGAGAUGCCAAAACAGGAUGUGGAGAAGCUGAUUCUUCAGGCAGGAGGCGUGAAGACGUUGGUGGGCUGCCUACACGGGAUUGCAGGAAUCCAAAAGGAAAAGAAGUUGGGAUUCAAUUCGGCAAAGCCGUCGAAUGUGGGAAAAGGAGAGAGAGAGUGUCCGAUACCAGAUGGGUUGCCGAAAUCGGCUGAUGAGCUGGAGGAAGAAGAAAGAGGAAGAAUGCCGGAUUCACCCUUCACCAGGCUGCUUAGAAUCAAGGGGAGGCACCCUGUUUGGUAUUCUCAGGCCCCCGACCACGAAACAGAUUAGAGCGGUUUAGAAUAUCGCUUUGUAAAAUCGGCUUGUAAAGUAAUAAGUUUAUAUCUUUGUUUAUUUUUGUUGGGAUUAAGUUCAAGUGCGAAGUUGGAUGUGUGUAUAUGUGUUAUUAGGUUUAGGCUUUAUAAGUUUUCUUCAUCGAGAGUUGAAUUAAAGAGGUUUCUUGUAAUUUUGUGAGAUUUGCAAUGUUAAACCUUAUCUUCUUUUGUUGCUAAA